AACGUGUCCACGUGGCUGCCAUGAUGCCAGGAGGCACACAAAAUAUCUAGCAUUUUGGGAGAGUGCUUACAUGGCGAGUGCCGCUGUGCUAAUACAAAGAAGAACACGACACAGAGUCUCCAGAGACUGGAACAUGCUAUUUUUGUUGGCAAAACCUGCAAAUGUAUUCAGCACGAGUCCCUCUCAUGUCAGCGACACAGAAGAUUCUUCUGCCCUCUCCUACAUCACCAGGCAAACCGAGCAGUCCAUCUGCUUUGAGGCCAGGCAGCUGUGUGGCGCACCGGGUGUGGAUUCUGCUGGCAAUGACCCACAUGACCUUGGACGUCUCUGUCUGCAGCCCCCUUAGUCCAGGUUUGGGGAUCAAACUCAUGCCCAAGUCGGUGCCUCGCUCAAGACCUCGCCUGCAGCCCGUUUGGGACACGCCUAGCAAGAUGCACUGGAGAACGGUGAGCCCUCUGGCCCGCAGACUUUUGAACCCUAUCCCUGCACCCCAAGACAAUAAAUUAGGGAUAUGGCCAAAAGUCACAGUCCAAAAGCAUCGGAGGACCCCGCACAAACAACCAACGCCGUGUAAGGAGUGUCGCUCGAUGUACUCGGAAAUGGAGACUGCUGAUCCCGUGAAUGCGGAAUCUCCAGCAGCUUUUUCCAGUGGCAGCAGGGAGCACGCCGCAAGGUUUCUACUUAGAGCCAGAAGGGAGCUCAAAUGGGAGAGCUUUGACAAGUCUCAGGAGGGCCGGACUACUACGGUGGCCGGAUUUAUCGACUGGGGACCCACAGGGACAGAUAGUAUAGAUGAGGAUGGCAGACCAGAGCCCAAAAUGAACCCGCCUACUAGGGCCUCAACGACCACAGUGGCCACAACCACUAGCACUACUACGAGGCUCCCCCAAAGGACGUUCAAUGUGGUGACUACACCGGAACCCAAGAGGCUAAGCACCACAAAGGCCACAAAAAGCUUUGGGGAGACUGUCAAGCCACCAAAGCCAUAUGGGGAUACAUCAGGUUUGGCUGUUCACCAGAUAAUCACUAUCACUGUGUCUCUCAUUAUGGUCAUCGCAGCCUUGAUCACAACACUCGUCCUUAAAAACUGCUGUGCACAGUCAGGAAAUGGCCGCCACAAUAGCCAUCAGCGCAAGAUCCACCAGCAGGAAGAAAGCUGCCAAAACCUGACGGAUUUCACGCCAGCCAGGGUUCCCAGCAAGGUGGACAUCUUCACUGCCUACAAUGACAACAUGCAGUGCUCUCACGAGUGCGUCCGGACCGCUGUGCCCAUCUACACUGACGAGAUGAUCCAGCAGACGCCCGUCUACAAGACUUCUUACAAUGGAAACAGGCCUUCCCCCUCUGAAAGACAACUGAUUCCUGUCGCCUUCGUGUCAGAGAAAUGGUUCGAGAUCUCCUGUUGACAACCUUUGCCGAGCCUUGUUCCGUUCCCUCGGGAGGAAGAGGAUUCCCG